AUGACGGACAAAACAAAUCCAGUGAAGACUUCGGAUUAUUUUUUGGGGGGUGGUCAGUAUCCUUUUGGUGGUUGGUUACCUAAGGCUAUAGCGGCUCCUACCCCUGUUAGUUGUUUGGUCCAUAGUAGUACUUUGGUUACUGCCGGGAUAAUGUUGAUGGAUUGUACUCUCUUGGCCAAGAUUUGGCCUGAAUGUCUUAUAUCAACUUCAACUGUUACGCUACCACUUGGGCUCGCUCCAAAUCCAAGGAAGUACGCAUGUCUGCUUUGGCGCAUGUCGGUCGCUUGCACACAGCAGCCCUGGAGAACUGUUGCAGAUAGGUCGUUGGUUAUGAGUGAUCGCUUCGUGCCAUAUUCUUCGUUGAUAAGGUCCUUUUACAGGUUACUGAUGAAUCUGAUUAUUGGCGUCGCAGGUCGCUUAUUGGUUUGCAAGAACUAUGGUUUGAGCUUACAACGACUAAAGCAUACUCUUCCUGACUUACCGUACGAUUAUGGGGCCUUGGAACCGAUACUGUCGGCCGAAAUUAUGAAAGUUCAUCACAGCAAACAUCACGUUGCAUACGUGAAUGCCCUUAAUCAAGCGGAAGAGAAAGUGAAAGAAGCGCUAGCAAAAGGAAAUAUGCAAGCUGUUGUUGCCGCUACAAAACUCAUGAAUUUCAACGCUGGCGGUCACAUUAAUCACACUCUAUUUUGGGAAGGUUUGACUACCGUAAAGGAUAGCGGAGAACCGAGUUCUGAACUGAUGACUGCUAUAAAAAAGGAUUUCGGGUCUUUGGAAACAAUGAGGGAUAAGUUAAGUACCAAAACAAUUGCGAUCCAAGGUUCUGGAUGGGGAUGGCUUGCUUAUGACAAGGAAAUGCGACGUUUGCAACUUGCUUGUUGUCCCAACCAAGAUAUUCUUCAGUCAACAACAGGCCUCAUUCCAUUAUUUUGUAUCGAUGUCUGGGAGCAUGCUUAUUAUCUGCAAUAUAAAAAUGUACGACCAGAUUUCGUGAAAGCUAUUUGGAAAAUUGCGAACUGGAAAGUAAUCAGCGAUCGUUACGCUAAGGCUAUGAGAUAAUCUUUCAUGGAAAGUUUUAAGUGAAAUUCAGUAACUGUACAUGGGCAACCUAUCAUUCUGCUCUUAGGCGCAUGUCAGAAUUUAAAAAAUACCCUUCUAGUAGUAUAAAAUAUCAUUGAAUCCGGUGCGCAGUUCUUCCAAUCCUGAAUAAAAGCAUCUUUAGCAAACAUGUUUAUGCUAUAUAAUAUUCAUGCAAAAUUGAUAUCAGUUGUUGCGAUAGCGAAGUAUAUU